UUGCGAACGCUGUCGAUAUCUCUGUGCAGACGCUAUUCAAGAUGAUACAGCAGCAGUUAAGGAACGGCAGACGCUAGGAGCACGGUACUUAAAUACCAACAUUCAUGUCCGAUCCAUGACUGCUUUUUUAUCGUGAGGAGUGUUACCAAAAAUAAAUUACAGCCAAUGAGCGUAAAGAGCGCAUCGUUAACGUGUGCGCCAAACCCCAACCUCCAACGCUAAUCAGGUGCAAUGGCUAAUCAGCACCCAGCUGUCUAUGUAAACUACGUCACCGCCAACCAAUGAUCCACACUGGACGUCAUAGCAGCUGAAGAACCUUCAAACUCAGUUUGUUGCUGCCGUCAAACGCGGUACAGGCUUGCGAGCUAUUCUUCUGCGCCGCACGAAACCGUCCUGGGAGACGGGAUUGUGCUCGCUAGUGGAGAAAUCUCGUAACUAAAUUCCAGCCCACACGCGUAUUCCCCAGUUUCUACGACCCAAUAUUGAAGGUUAUUCAGUCACUUGACCAGCCUUGAACCCUGGCUUAUCCCUGAGAUCGGCAUUUCGAAAUACCACUCGUUACACCUCACACAAUGGACCAACACAAUGGCAACAAGGCCUUUGCAGCACGUUGCAACCCUCCCAUUCCCUACGUCAUUGACCCAAUACCGCGGUGAACAAAGAACCAAAGAAGCCGUGUUGCGCCAUAUGACGUCGAUACUUUAUUUGUUCGCCACCCAACGGCUCGAAAGAAGGUUUCAACCCUCAACAAAUCAUGAACGGGGUUGCUCGUGUUUGAGGCACAGAACAAAAGCGAAGGGAGAGGGAGGAUGACUAGGGGAGAAGAAACAUAUGAACGAUGGUCCGAGAAGGGAACGACCGCACUCAAAUAGUACUCAACUAGACGCGCUUGCGAAACUAUUGUCUCGUCUGAUGCCGGUGCUCGCAUCCACUCUCAUCAAAAUUCGAAACGAACGGAGCCGUCCUUGCUUCGCAUCGGCAAAGCCGACAACUUCCGAACCAUAGCCAAUGAGAAUAAACCACGCGACUUAGACUCAGAAAUUAGCGAUAAAGGCGAGCGCACAUCACGCUUCCAGAACGGUCGCUAACGUUUCAUCCCCGCUCGCAGGUCUGCAGAUCCUCCGAAACCGCAUGCACCGCUUUCACAGUCCGCCCGGCGAGAUAAGCACCGGACGCUUCUGAAUGGUCUCGGCGGAAUAUGAGAAGUAACACGGCAUAAUUCUAAGUAACAAAGCAUGACUGUUUACCGGCAUUUGUUGAAAUCUCGGAAGCAAAUAGCGACUAAAAUGUCUGCUUUUGCGUUAUGACGCAUUGCGCAGCUAGCCCUAUAUAAGCAGGGAAAUCCGCCCCGAACAUUAUCAU